GACCCUGCAGUCAAGAUGCCGAGAGAGAAAUACGAACUAGUUAUUCUUAAAGAUUUCUUCUGUGUUAGUUCAUUGAUCACCACAUCCAUUACAUACAGGGAUGAGAAAGGACUCUAUUAUGCACUGGAUCUUGGUGGCACAAACUUCCGUGUCCUUCGUGUACAUUUGGGUGGGAAAGACAAAGGUGUUAUUGGCCAAGAGUUUGCAGAAGUUUCAAUUCCUCCACAUUUGAUGACUGGUACUUCGGAGGCAUUAUUUGAUUUUAUAGCAGCAGCUCUUGCCAAGUUUGUUGCUUCAGAACCAGAAGGUUUUCAUCCUCCACCCGGCAGACAAAGAGAACUGGGUUUUACAUUCUCAUUCCCAGUGAGGCAAACAUCAAUUUCAUCUGGGACUCUAAUUAAGUGGACUAAAGGUUUUAAUAUUGAAGAUACGGUUGGUGAAGAUGUAGUGGGAGAGCUAACCAAGUCCAUGGAAAAAAUUGGGCUGGAUAUGCGAAUUGCUGCUCUAGUUAAUGAUACCAUUGGAACAUUAGCUGGAGGCAGAUUCUACAAUCAGGAUGUAAUUGCUGCUGUGAUUCUUGGUACUGGGACAAAUGCAGCAUAUGUAGAACGUGCACAAGCUAUUCCAAAAUGGCACGGCCUUAUACCAAAAUCUGGAGAUAUGGUUAUAAACAUGGAGUGGGGUAAUUUCCGAUCAAAUCUUUUUCUAACAGAAUAUGAUCUGGCUCUUGAUGCUGAGAGUUUAAACCCUGGAGAACAGAUUUUUGAGAAAUUGAUUUCGGGCAUGUAUUUGGGGGAGAUUAUUAGAAGAGUUUUGUUGAAGAUGGCUGAAGAAGCUGACUUUUUUGGAGAUACUGUUCCACCCAAAUUGAAAGUUCCUUUCAUACUUAGGACACCUGACAUGGCAGCCAUGCACCACGACACUACUCCUGAUCUGAAAGUGGUUGGAAACAAAUUAAAGGAUACAUUAGAGAUCUCGAACACUUCCCUAAAAAUGAGGAAGAUUGUUGUGGAACUAUGUGACAUUGUUGCUACUCGCGGGGCCCGCCUUGCUGCUGCUGGUAUUUUGGGCAUCCUCAAGAAACUAGGAAGAGACACAGUUAAGGUUGGGGAGAAGCAAAAGUCAGUGAUAGCAUUGGAUGGAGGAUUGUAUGAACACUACACUAAAUUCAGAGAAUGCCUGGAGAGUACACUGAAUGAAUUGCUGGGAGAGGAGGCUGCUGAGACCAUUGUCAUUGAGCACGCUAAUGAUGGCUCCGGCAUUGGUGCAGCCCUUCUAGCAGCUUCUCAAUCCCAAUAUUUGGGAGUGGAGGAGUCUUAAAUUAUUGCCGAGGGAAUGUAAUACUAGUUUCAUUUUUUUCUUAGGUAAUAGAUCAACACAUUGAAGCAAUGAUGCCUUGGUUAUUGGUCUUGCAGAUCAUGUCCACCGGGAGGGAUCUCUCUUCUUACUGGGGCAUUCAUUAUUUUGGUUCGGGGUUUGUUUCUCCUUCGUUAAGGAAUAAUAUCAAAGAUAUAAACUUUAUCAUGAGUGACUAGUCACCUUUUGCGGAUGUAGCCAACCGGAAUAAAUCAGAACUUAAUGCACUGAGAAGCCUAAGUGCUUUUUUAUUCAAACCUUUUCUGAGUUAUCAGGA